AUGGAAGGAGAAGAGCAUGAGGAAUCCAUGCCACCCUCGAUGGAGCAUAGAGAAGACGAUGUUGAGGAGGAGCCCCCUCGAGUAGUGUCGGUGGUGGAUACAUCAACCAGAACAUCGUCCUGUGUAUGGAAUCUUCCACCACAAUUUACCCAAUCAGAUCUCAUCGCUUAUUUUAAACAAUUUGGAUUGAUUGCGGAGGCCACUGUGGAGGACCAUUUGGCACGCACUGAUCAACGGCGUCAUGCAUUUGUACGUUAUUACAACUUAGAAAGUGGAAGGGCAGCUGUUGCAAAUAUGGACGGUCAUGUGAUGGGCGGCUGUAGACUGGCAGCCAUGCAUAAGGAUGUAGCCGCCGCCGAUGUAAAUUUCAGCACCAUGGAAACCGUCUGUCAUCUGCUACGCCUGCUCGCUUCCUUCCCUUAG